AUGCCACGCAAGGCGUCGAGCGAAAGCCGCCGCGCGCAGGUCGCCGAGGCGCUGGCGCUGGUCCUGGCCGCGGGGUGGGCCACGCACCUCGUCCAGAAGGAGGAGGAGGCAGGUGAACAGCUUCAGACUGAACAGCGGCUGCUGCAGGCCACCACCAUGUCCCACGCGCUGUUCGUCCUGCAUAUCCUGGGCUUGUCCGCCGUCCUGCAGUCGAUUUUCAGGCCACAGACGCUGUCCAAGGAGCUGCGCCGAGAUUCCAGACAGGAACGCGACGCCGGACUGGUGGUGGGCUGCGUGCUGCCGCCUCUGGUGCUGUUGAGUCGCCUGCUGGCGGAGAUCUACCAGGACGGAGCUUUCUCGAGCGUCACGUUCUUCUACGCGUGGACCAGCAUCUCCGUCGGCGUGAGUGCGCUGCUCAAGGUCGCGGUCUUCGGGUCCGUCACGUCGCUCAGCGUCAACGUCCUCGUGGAUGGGGUGCUGCUACCGACAGCGUUCGGGCUUCUGACUCCUGUGGAGGCGGAGUGGAGGUUCCUGCUGGCGACGGGGGGACGAGUCUUUGUGGCGACGGUGCUGGCUGCGGACCUCAAGCUGCUGCCUCGGUCGUUCACGGUGGGCGAAGCUCUACUGGUGGCGCAGGGCGUCGGCUUGUGCGCCUACGACCUCGUGCUGUCCACCGUCAAUUGGGUGCGUGGUUAG